ACUUCAUUCUUUCUCCCCUAGCGGAAAAACAAACGUAGCGAUAUGGAGUUAAAUGCUUUGAUCGCCGGGGGGUCAUGAUAUGCUUUAAUUGGACCUAUCAUUUGUGAAAGUGGCUGUACAGCUUUAGGUGAAAAAGAUCAACAUUUAGUAUAGCUGUGGCAAUGCUUUUAACUGUGAAGGAAGACGAAUUGUCAGGUCACUCGACUGGAAAGUGGAGUGGAGGAGAGAAAAAGUUCCUAGCUAGUGUGGUAAUAGCAAGUUGCUAGACAGCUGUUAGAGACACUUAUCAGCUAACCUACAAUCUAAUCUUAUUUUUUAUCAAUUAUUCUAGCCAGUUGGCUAGCUGGGAAUUAGUUUUCAGCACUAAAAGUACAACUUGGUUGCAUGCUACGUGGAUAUAAUGUUGUCGUUAGCCAGCUAACGUUUACUAGUAUUGUUUGCUAACGUUAGUAGCCAGGUAACGUCAACUGAGGUUAACACUAACGUUAACCUUGAAUGGUUUAACUGUGUUUGCAUGUACUUUACAAAGUUCAAUCCUCGUUCGUUAUCUAAAGUUAUUGUAACGGUAAGUCAUGCGCAUCUCCCCCGAGAUGUUCAAGCAGCUGACAUGUUGAUUUAGGACGUUUGAGAUUGUGUGCUGACUUUACUGUGCAACGUUACAUAAACCGAAUGACCCAGGUUUAAGCUAUCAAACGUUAUUGAACUCCUGUGAUUAAGUGGCUGUAACUCAGUCUAGUACAAACACGACACGUAUUUCCUGUUUCUACAUCCUAUACCUGUUGUCAUUUUUUAGCACGUUUUAACAUACUUAACAGAUAAGUAGCGUUUUUAAUAAGACAUUGCCAGUCCAUUCAACAUCUAGUUCAACACUAUUGGUUUAGUUCAACCAAAGAAAAUGCUGGACUCUUACUUAAAACUUCCUGCACAUCUUAGAAAACCUUCAGCAGUCCGUAAAGCAGCUUUGCUUCUGGUUGCUGCCUAUGGCAUCAAAAAACUCUACCCACAUAUUUAUGCCAAGUUCACAGGCAAGACUAGUAAACAGUCCUCGGGGCCCCUGUCGCUUGGCACAAACGGGGAGCCUCGGGGCCUGUCAGACAAGGAGAAGAGGAAAAGCAGCUCCCCGGCUGUCAACCGUGAGUUCCUGGCGAGGCUGGCUCACCUGUUGCGCAUCCUCUUCCCCCGACUCUUCUGUAAAGAGCUGGCCUUGCUCGGCUUCCACUCCGUGGCCCUCAUGUCCCGCACAUUCCUCUCCAUCUAUGUGGCCAGCCUGGACGGCCGCAUCGUCAAGACCAUUGUGAAGAAGGAUCCGCAGGCGUUUGCCUGGGAGCUGAGCAAGUGGCUCCUGAUCGCCAUCCCCGCCACCUUUGUGAACAGCGUCAUCCGCUACCUGGAGGGUCAGCUGACCCUGGCCUUCCGCACGCGGCUGGUGUCCCACGCCUACCAGCUCUACUUCAACAAUCAGACCUACUACCGCGUCAGCAACCUGGACGGCCGGCUGGCCAACCCAGACCAGUCCCUGACCGAGGACGUGGUGAUGUUCGCUGCCUCCGUCUCCCACCUCUACUCCAACCUGACCAAACCCAUCCUGGACGUGGUGGUCACCUGUUACACCCUGAUCAAGGCGGCCGAAUCCAAAGGUGCCAGCACCAACUGGCCCGCAGGCAUAGCGGGCGUUGCGGUGGGCAUGACGGGGUUGGUGCUGCGGGCGUUCUCUCCGAGCUUCGGGAAGCUGGUGGCUGAGGAGGCCAGGAGGAAAGGAGACCUGCGCUACAUGCACUCACGCAUUAUCGCCAACUCAGAGGAGAUUGCCUUCUAUGGGGGACACAAGGUGGAAAUGUCCCAGCUGCAGCGCAGCUACAAGGCCCUGUCCUCCCAGAUCAACCUCAUCCUGUUCAAGCGCCUGUGGUACGUCAUGCUGGAGCAGUUCCUCAUGAAGUACCUGUGGAGCGCCGCAGGGCUGACCAUGGUGGCCGUGCCCAUCAUCACCGCCACAGGCUACUCCAAGCAUGAUUCAGAAGACGUGAAGCAGGCUGCCAUGGUGAUGAAGGAGGAGGACCUGGUGAGCGAUCGCACGGAGGCCUUCACUACGGCCCGGAACCUUCUGAAUGCCGCAGCUGACGCUGUGGAGAGGAUCAUGAGCUCCUACAAAGAGGUCACCGAGCUGGCGGGCUACACGGCGCGUGUGCACGAGAUGUUCACCGUGUUCGAGGACGUGCAGGCAGGAGUGUACCGGCGCUCCACCAGCAGCAUCGGGGAGCUCCCGGCCUCCGAGGGCCAGCCGCAGGGGGCAGUAAAGCACGGCAUGAGGGUGGAAGGACCGCUGGAGGUCAGAGGUCAGGUGAUUGACGUGGAACAUAAUAUCAGAUGUGAGAACCUGCCCAUCAUCACUCCCACUGGAGACGUGGUUGUGUCCUCCCUCAACAUCCAGGUGGAUGAGGGGAUGCAUUUGCUGAUUACUGGACCUAACGGCUGUGGUAAAAGUUCCCUCUUCCGCAUUCUCAGCGGCUUGUGGCCUGUUUAUAAUGGAGUCUUGUACAAGCCAUCACCCAAACACAUGUUCUACAUCCCACAGAGGCCCUACAUGUCUGUGGGCACCCUGCGCGACCAGGUGAUCUACCCCCACACGGUGGAGGAGAUGACGGAGAAGGGCUUCGCAGACGAGCAGCUGGAGGACAUCCUCCGGAUCGUCAACCUGCGCUACAUCCUGGAGAGGGAGGGAGGUUGGGAUGUAGAGAGCGACUGGAAGGAUGUGCUGUCCGGAGGGGAGAAACAGCGGAUGGGAAUGGCCCGGAUGUUCUACCACAAGCCUAAAUAUGCCCUGUUGGACGAAUGCACCAGUGCUGUAAGCAUUGAUGUGGAGGGAAAAAUAUUCGAAGCUGCUAAGGAUGCUGGGAUCGCUCUUCUCUCAAUCACACAUCGGCCCUCCCUGUGGAAGUACCACUCGCACCUGCUGCAGUUUGACGGCGAGGGCGGCUGGCGCUUCGAGAAGCUGGACGCCUCCACGCGCCUCUCCCUGCAGGACGAGAAACUGCGGCUGGAGACCCAGCUCUCGGGCAUUCCCAAGAUGCAGCAGCGGCUGGCCGACCUGUGCCGCAUGCUGGGCGAGGACAGCGGCGCCCUGCCCGCACUGGGGGAGGGGCCAGUGGAGGGGGAGGGGCUAGAGGAGAAGACGGAGGAGGAGGCGGCGUUGGGACAAAAGGGAGAGGAGUAGAUGAGAGGAGGCUUUGGAGACAGUGAAGGGAAAUGCCACUGUGGCAUGAUGGUGGUAGGCUGUCUGCAAGAGUGGAGAGAGCAAGGUAGGGGGUGGAUACAUAUGCCAGGCCAGGUGUGUGUGUGUGUGUGUCUGUGUGUGUCUGUGUGUGUGUGUCUGUGUGUGUGUGUGUGUGUGUGUGUGUGUGUGUGUGUGUGUGUGUGUGUGUGUGUGUGUGUGUGUGUGUGUGUGUGUGUGUGUGUGUGUGUGUGUGUGUGUGAGAGAGAGAGAGAGAGAGAGAGAGAGAGAGAGAGAGAGAGAGAG